AUGACGCCUGCAUGGAAAGCCCAGCCAGGAUACCCCGCGAUCGGAGACCAAUGGAAAGCGACCAUCCCCGCCAUCUCCCCGUCGAGUCCCGUCGGGGACGGACCCCGCCACUGGGCCCCUCAGCCCCACCCUACAGGGGCGGCGCUGGGAGCCCCCCCCAGGCGCUGCGGCCCGCCGCCCCCCCUCCCCCUCUUCCACACGCGCCACGCCGAGCAGAGCGCCGGCCGGCCGCGGCUGGUCACCGUGGCGCGGCCCUGCGGCCACAGCGACCUGCGGAAGGUAACGGUGCUGUUGAACCGCAGGGGCGUGGUUUCGUUUGAGCAGCUCCUACUCGAUGUCUCGGAGGCCCUGGGCUUUCCUCGCUGGCACAGGGGCCGGGUCACAAGGCUGUUCACGCCCCAUGGGCGGGAGGUGAGAGGCGUCAGCGACUUCUUCCGAGGCGAGGUGGCGUUCCUGGCCCUGGGGAGGGCCCGGCCGGAGCUGCGCAGCGUGCAGGAGGCCCUGGAGGAGCUGUUCCCGGAGCCGUCUCGUUACCGUGCCGAUGCCGUGCGCGCCUGGGAGAGGAGGCUCCGCCCCCCCCCGGAUAAAGCCGCCAAGGCCGACAGCGGGUACAGCGAGGAGACGGCCGACGGUGACGACGACCGGACGAACACGCGAGCGCCGCUGAAGCGCGACGCACAGUGGGACGCCAAGGCGAGGCCGCACCAGGGCGCCCGGAGGCCCUCGCAGCCCCCUCCCCACGCGGGCAAGACGCGCAGGCACGACCACGACGGCCCCGCCGGCUGUAGACAGCCAAAAGAAAAACACCCCUGCAGACAACCCACCCACCCGCCCAAUCACCUGCAGGCGCUGCGGGGGAAAGGCGGGACUAGGGAGCAGCAGCCCUCCGGGAUUGGUCUGUUCCAAGCGGACAAGGCGCUGAGGGGCGCACACGCUCCGUCUCCGUCGUUGUGUCAAAACUGCUUAGCGGGGCGGAACAAACUGCUAGUGUGUUCUGAGCUGCCCGAUCAGAUUCCCAAGAGAGUCCCACUUCCUCCCGUGUCGAGGAAACCCAAACCAAGCCCUACGAAGCAUCCCAAAAGCACUCAUCUGGGGGCCAUCGGCCCGCAGCGGGUGAUCAGAGAUGAGGAGGAACAGUGCCUGGAGCAAUUAAAACAUUCGUCCAUAAACUCCCCGCGAGGGGGGCCGCCGGAGCCCGAGGAGACCCAGCGCUGGGUGCCCUUUGACCUCCUGCGAGACAAGAAAGAGGUCGCCCUGUCCGACAUCGAGCGCUGCUACGACAUCGGUCGUGUGAUCGGCGACGGGAACUUUGCGAUCGUGCGGGAGUGCCGGCGUCGCGACACCGGACUGAGCCUGGCCAUGAAGAUCGUGGAGCGCUCCAAGCUGAUUGGCCGAGAGCACAUGAUGCAGAACGAGCUCAGCCUGCUGGGCAGCCUGUCGCACCCGUGUGUGGUGCGGCUUUUCGCCCACUACCACACGCACACCCAGGCCUACCUGGUGCUGGAGCUGGUCAACGGCGGGGAUCUCUUCGAGGCCAUCGCCAGGAGAGGGAAGUUCCCCGAGGACGAGGCGGGGCUCAUCGUGGCGGACGUGAGCGGGGCGCUGAGUUAUAUCCACUCCAAGAGCAUCGUCCACCGGGACCUCAAACCGGAGAACCUUCUGAUUGAGUGCAGGGCCGAUGGCAGCAAUAGACUGAAACUGGGGGACUUCGGUCUCGCCAUGGUGGUCACAGAACCUAUUUUUACAGUCUGUGGCACGCCCACCUAUGUCGCCCCAGAGAUCCUCUCUGAGACAGGUUAUGGUCUGUCGGUGGACGUGUGGGCUCUGGGGGUCAUCCUCUACAUACUUCUCUGUGGCUUCCCUCCGUUCCGCAGUCAGGAUCGAGACCAGGAGGAGCUGUUCAAGCUCAUAAGGGAGGGAAAAGUCCACUUUCUCUCCAAUUACUGGGACCCUGUUUCAGAGGGAGCCAAAGACCUGGUCAAAGGGUUGCUCCAGGGUAACCCCAUCGAGAGGCUCUCAGCCUCCCAGUCUCUACAGCACCCCUGGGUGCAGGCCAUGGCCACUGCCUGCAGACAGGGGGCGCUCACACAGAGGCUGCACAAGACUACUGCCGCACUAGCAGCAGCAGAGUCCAGAGACACACGAGGGCAGACGUCCACAGGGAAAGCCCCCAGAGACAAAAGGACGGCGCACGCAGACAGCCAACCGGGGCUUACACACAAAGCACAGAUUAGCCCUGCAGCGGAGGCUACCGAACCAUCAGGGGCCCACCGUGAGCUGAACGCAGGGGCCCCGGAUUGGCGGGAGGAGGGAUCAUGGCAGGCCGACGCAGCAGAGCACCCUGCGGGGGCGGACGCCGACGCCGCGCCGUCUGAACGGCCAGGCUCCUCCCCGACCCCUUCAACAUCCCCGCCACCGCCACAGGCCGUCCCCCCGGACAGCCCCUCUCGCUCCCACCGAUCGGGAACCAUGGACACGGCGGCAACGUCGCCCCCAGGUGCUGCUCAGGACGUCCUCCACCAGCCACACGCACCCGGCGCCCUCCACCCCCUGGUUCUAGAGAGCUCUCUCACAUCAAAACAAACCCAGCCACCGACUGGACCGAUGGAACCCCGCCCCUCCUCCAGCCCAACCACCAGCCCCUGA